GCGCUGCAGCAUAUUGCAACAACAAAUCUAUACUUACAAAAUACAUCUGUGUCUACAGUGUGAAUUGCAAUGGCGAACCCUAAGGUGUUUUUCGACAUGACGAUCGGCGGAACUCCGGCCGGCAAGAUCGUGAUGGAGCUCUACGCCGACACCACUCCCAAGACGGCGGAGAAUUUCCGAGCGCUCUGCACCGGCGAGAAAGGCACCGGGAAGUCCGGCAAGCCGCUGCACUACAAAGGAUCGAGCUUUCACCGCGUGAUCCCCGGCUUCAUGUGCCAAGGCGGCGACUUCACCGCCGGAAACGGCACCGGCGGCGAAUCGAUCUACGGCGCGAAGUUCGCGGACGAGAAUUUCGAGAGGAAGCACACCGGACCGGGGAUCCUCUCCAUGGCGAAUGCUGGACCGGGGACGAACGGAUCUCAGUUCUUCAUUUGUACGGCCAAGACGGAGUGGCUGGAUGGAAAGCACGUCGUGUUCGGAAAAGUUGUGGAGGGGAUGGAUGUCGUGAAAGCCAUUGAGAAGGUCGGAUCGGGUAGCGGCAAGACAUCCAAGCCUGUUGCCAUUGCUGAUUGUGGACAGUGUUAGAUCCGAGAAUUUCUCGGAUCGAACCGCUUUCGUAUUAUUAUAACUAUUAUUAUUAUUAUUAUUAUUAGUCAGUCGUUCAGGGUCGUUUUUCUUAUCAGUAUCAGUCGUAGUAGUUGUAGUGGCGGUGAUGCUAAGGGUUUAUGUUAUCGAUCGGUGGUCAUGACCACAUGUAUCAGACUAUCUGGAUUUAUCGAAUAAAUUUCAGUCUUUUUUAAUGAA